AUGUUGCAUAUAGAUGCCAGUGCCACCAUGUUACCAGAAAAGAAGGGCAGCGAUGCAGUUCCGAUUAAGAUAGGAACACGUGGCACGGUGGGUAACCUGUUGAUGAAAGAGAUUGAGUAUUUCAAAAGACUUGACACAGACAGUGGGGGCGAUCGUCUUGACUUUGAAAGCAAGUCUUUGGAUCCUAAUAGAAAGAAUUGUGGCAGUGGUGGUCUCAACUUUUGGUCCGGUUUUGGAUUCUUGAAAAUUAAAUGGCGGGGGAAGAAGACAAAGGGUAGCAGCAAUGAUAAGUUUUUGCCAAGGGUCUGUACCAUGGUGGAUGUUGCUGAUAGUCACCACAACCACCACCACUGUGGAAACAAGAUUCCUGGUUUCAAUUACCAGAAUCUCCCAAGUGAUAGCAAAACAAUUUAA